AUAAAUACCUAGCCAUAUCAACAACUUAGAUCCCAGUUUAUAUCCAUCACCCUAUCUUUGCGUAUUGAACAAUCCUUCAGCGAGAAUAUAUCUGAGAAGGAUAUUAAUCGGUGACAAGAUGUCUACAAAGACUGUUUCGACUUUGAAGUUUGUGGGAUCGAUUUCCCUUGGCCUACUUACUGGCGUUUCCUAUACCCUUUCAUCUCUCACGAUCCCAGCCUUCCUAACCCUCCCAUCCGCCACUCUCGCAUCUCGUUCCUACAGCUCCCUGACUACUCUCGCCACAACACAUACUCGUGCGCUCACAUGGAUUUCAUCCUGGUCUUUCCUUCUCGCCUUUUAUUUCUCGCCUCGAGGACAAAGACAUCCAUAUCUCCUCUGGACCUCGCUCUUCGCCGCCUCAAGCUCAAUCGUUGAUAAACUCAUCCCACUUGCCAUAGGCUCCACAGGUCCAAGACGCAUUGCACAGAAGAAACGAUCAAAGAAACCUAUGAGUCCUAGACAAAUGGAUGCAAGUUACGAGGUGUUGAGCAAGAGCGCGAGAGAUUAUGAAAGUGCGGGGUUGGCAAGUAGUGAGGAGGAAAUGGAUGAUAACGUCAACGGGGAAGAAGUGAGAGAGGAGAUGGAGGGAUUCAUGGCCAGCCAAGUUGUCAGGACUGUGGUUGCCGGUUUGGGCUUUGCGAUGAGUGUUGUGGGUAUUUGGGGAGACGGAGGGUUCACUGAGGUCGUUUUUGUGGAUGUUGUGUAAGUAAGGAUGAAAUGGGUUGAGGUUACGGCUGUGAGGCACGCGAUAUGAGAGAUAUAACGAAGCAUAUGACAUUGACGAAAGACGAGAGGCGUAACAUGGAUGCGAGUUCUGGGCUAGCCUUGAACCUUGUAUGGUGGGAUUGGUCGAGAGGUUCAUAGGCGCGAUUGGGUGGCAAACGAUGUACUCCUAUUCUUUCAUUAUGUACGGAUGUUGAAACCUCUCAUUGACUAUAAAACUUGCUCCCAUCUCAAUGUUCGGAGUUUGGGCUUCUCUAUCUGAUAAUCCGAUAACGGUCAAAGAAUUCCGGGUGCAAAGGAUUGGACGCUGUCUGCCGUUCAGUAUACUACAAACAUUCAUGGAAACUUGAUAUUUAAGGCAAAGAUUUUAAAAUUUACUUUGUUACGCUACUACUGUUUUUCACCCACUCCAUCUCUAUAUGAACUGUCUGUGGAACUUCCAUUAGCAAGUCGUUUCAAUAUCCAUCUCUACGAUGCAAGUAAUACAUUUA